AUGGUUCACGCUGUCAAUACCAUGCCCUCGAGAAUUAUCCCUCGCAUGGAGUUCGAAGAAAUUCCAGUCUCCUCUACCUCCCACCCGGAUAAUCCAAUCCCAGAAGAACCUCGGGUACAAUCGUUGUCCCUAACCGCCUAUAACUUCGACGGUUCAGUCGAUUCUUUAAAUUCAUUUUCUAAUGGCUCCGAUUCCCCUUCUACUCCUUUAACCCCGCUCAGCGAGACCGAGACCCAGACAGAUGAAGAGCCCAAAAGAAAGAAUUCCAUGUCCCAUGGACGACGGGCCUCAACCGUCCUGGUUUCUCAGAACGCCGAAGAUAUGCAAAGAGUUUUGGAGAAUGUAGGGACGGGUGGUACACAGAAGAUCCAGUCGAUGUGCUGUGGCGGGGGUUGUUGCCGAGACCAGCAGUUGAAGCAGCCUCUGGACGGCCCCAUCUCCGGCUUCAAUUCGAUCACUGCACCUUCCAACGAAGCUUUUGACAGUCUGAAACUCAAUCUGAACCUCCUUACACUAGAUAGCCAGCUUUCAAACAUUGCCUCGCUUCCAGAAAAAACCGUCUCCUUUUCUCAGGCCCCAACUUAUGCGGCCAAUAUCAAGAUUGAAUCGUCCGAACAUCCUCCAUUAUUCGUGCAGCCGCACCCUCCCUACGAGGUCUACCGUGCUCCUCUUUAUCAUGCUCGUGAACUGACAAAGGGUGGCGCUGAGAAGCGUACUUACCACUUUGACAUUGACGUCACCGAUUACCCAGCCGAGAGCGGUAUGGUAGAUUUUGUCGUUGGCGGCGCAAUCGGUAUCUGCCCCAUGAACAAGGAAGAGGAGGUUGAAGAUGUUCUUGACCUACUCUGUGUGCCGCGAUCGAUGCGGGAUAAAAAGGUUCUCAUGAGCACAACCACUGGCCGGUGGCCGACCAUUUGGGGUGACGACCAGGCGCGAGAGCUGAUCACCACACGUCGCGAAGUGCUGACUUGGUGCUCUGAUAUUCAAAGUUACGCUCCAACCAAGGCUCUGUUCCGUGUGCUGGCCGAGUACACCGAAGAGCCGAACGAGAAGAAGAUCCUAGAGUAUCUUUCCUCUGCACAGGGCCAGGGCGCAUUCUGUGACCUGCGUACCAGCAGUCACAUCAGCCUUUCUCAGCUGCUACAUGCAUUCCCAUCUUCCCGCCCACCUCUCGACCACCUCCUAUCUGUCCUCAACACUCUCAUGCCCCGUUUCUACUCUCUCUCCCAGGACCCCCAGAUUUCCUGCCAGAUCAAGGGCAGCGAGUGUCACCGACUGGUCGAGAUUGCCGUGUCAGUAGCAGAGUCCAAUGACUGGCGCGGUGGAGCCCGAACAGGCGUGGGCUCCGGCUACCUAGAGCGUCUUGCCCAAAAAGCGAUCAAGGCUGAGGCUGCCGGCGAGAAGAUUGAAUUGACCGUGCCCAUGUUCCGUGGUCUCAUGUCCAACCCUCUCGCUAAGCGGUUUGCGUCCGAUGGCCCUAUGCUCUUGAUCGGAGCCGGAGUCGGCAUUGCUCCGUUCCGUGGGUUUGUCCAGCGCCGUCUCCAGUCUGCUAACUGCGCCAACAAGGUCUGGGUGCUUCAAGGCGUGCGCGACUCUCUUCUCGACGAAUUGUACAGCGGCGAAUGGGGCGUCCACGAGGAUAAGGUUCGUACAGUUGUGCAGAGUCGCCGUGGCGAAAGCCGCUACGUUCAGGAGGAGGUCCGUCACCAGGCCGAUCUGGUCUGGUACGUCAUCAACGCCCUCGACGGCCGAGUAUUUGUUUGUGGAAGUGGCAAAGGAAUGGGCGAGGGUGUUGAAGCUGCUCUGAUCGAAGUUGCCAUGGCUAAGGGUAACUUGAAUUCCCAGGAGGCAAACAUGUUUUGGCAGCAAAAGAAGGAAGCUGGCCAAUACAUCGCUGAAACUUGGUAA